GGUUAAGUAUGACUGCCGCAGCAGGUGUGCUAACAGGCUUGGCAAAGCUAAAGCGCCAAGACUCCGCCCGCUCUCAGCAAAGGCCAAUACCGCCUACAUCCGCAGGCCUCAACCAUGCUGCCUCGGAGGGUGUUCCAAGGCUCAGGUGGAUUUUCCACAGGCUCUGGUUCCUCUUCUUCCACAAGUAAAGAAGCUUCAGCUUUGGCAGAGGACUCUCCAUCGGCAGGUAAGUGCACAGUUUCUGAGACAGGAUCGACAGGAAUGACUGAAGGCACAGGUGAGGAAUACACAGCCCUGGGCAGCGGCUGAGUGCAGUGUUCAGCGGAGGGUUCGACAGCGUCCGAACUCUGAAACUGAAAAGUGGUUGGCGGAAUCAGAACUUGAGGGCGACGUGGUGGUGUAACUGGUAAUGGAUGUGGACCACCACUGGCUGGCAGAAAGGAGCAUGGGAGGAGUAGAUCUCUGUGGAGCGUACGAUUUGGUGCAUCUGCCCCGUUUUCAGGCCGAACUGUGUAUACUGGCAGGUCCCCGGCACGCUUCACAACAAUGUAAACAUCAUGCUCCCAUUUGUCUUCAAGUUUGUGCUUUCCACGCAGCCUGACAUUUCGCACAAGAACUCUAUCUCCUUCCUCCAGACUCGACGGAGUAACUCGCUGAUCAAAACGAGUUUUAUUCCUUCCGCCAGAUUUAACAGCAUUCUUCGAAGCAAUUUUGAAACUUUCUUCAAGUCUGGACCGCAGGUUCUCGACAUAUUGGGAAUGAGAGGCAGCUUGUCUUUCCCACACAGGUAAGCCAAAGGCCAGAUCAACCGGCAGUUGCGGUGAACGGCCAAACAUCAGUUCAUACGGCGUAAAACCGGUGACAUCGUUUCUCGUGCAGUUGUAAGCGUGCACUAACGGUUUUACAUGUUCCUUCCAUUUUGCUUUUCUCUUGUUCUCAAGCGUCCCAAGCAUGCUGAGUAGGGUCCGGUUGAACCUCUCGACUGGGUUUCCCCUAGGAUGGUAAGGGGUUGUUCUGGUCUUUACAAUCCCAGCGAGUUGGCACAGUUCUUUAAUUAAUUUAGACUCGAAGGCGGGUCCUUGAUCUGUGUGGAGAUGUUCAGGUAUUCCAUAGCAGACGAUGAAGUUCUCCAAUAGACACUUUGCCACUGUACUCGCCUUUUGGUUUGAGGUGGGGAUGGCUAUUGCAAACUUUGUGAAGUGGUCGGUGAAAACCAGAAUGUCUUUAAUAUUGCUUUGAUCAGGUUCAAGUGACAAGUAGUCCAUGCAGAGCAACUCCAACGGACGAAUCGUUUUUAUGUUAACGAGUGGUGCAGAUCUUUCAGGAAGUGUCUUGCGUCUUACACAACGAUUGCAGGUCUUGAUCUUGUUCUCCACGUCAGCUGCCAUACGAGGCCAGAAAAAACGGGUGCGUACGAGGUCCAAAGUCCGCUCGAUGCCCAGGUGUCCCAUGUCAUCAUGCAAACUGGUCAGUACUACGGACUUCAACUCCUCCGAUGAUUCAGCUCCCUUAGCAACAGCGCAAGGUCCGGGAGUUUCCUCCUUGCUGUUGGGAGAACCUUUUCCCCAGUGUCCAUCUGGUGAAUGACCUCUCUGAUAACUGGAUCAGCCCGUUGCUUUUCCUUGAGGUCCAGAUGUGACAGAGCGGGAACAACUGGUAGGCCAUGAUGGUGUUCACUGGCAUAGCAGUCAGGGACUGCGUUGGCUGACAGACUCAGAGACUCGACCAGGGUAAUUUGACUUCCUGCGGAACUUCUAGACUGACUGGUGACAAGACAGUGGUGGCAGAUGGCAGAUACAAUGUCUGGGUCAAGUUUUUCCACUUCACUAUGUUCCACAACAUGUUUUUCCUUGAAUUUGUUAAUCAGGUCCCAGUCCUUGUGUACUGACAGGUCAGCAGGCUGUUUGUGAGAGCGGCGUGAUAGAGCAUCGGCGUCGAGGUUCUGCUUCCCGGCUCGAUACUGCAGCUUGAAAGUGUAGGUGGACAGGGCAGCAAGCCAUCUAUGACUGGCGGCAUCCAACUUUGCAGAUGUUAACAGGAAACGUAAGAGACGUGCAGAUGUUGUGAUAGUGCGUGGCAGGCUGCGCCUCUACUCUGCGUCAGGGUUCUUCCUCCUCUUGGGCCUGGUUAUCAUGACCAUAGGGAUUGGCAUGGCCACACUGGGCUACUGGCCACAAAGUGAAAGAUCAUCUACAGGUCAAAUCCCGCCUGGCAGGGGAGCCAAAGGGCCCAUCAGGGGAGAUGUGGCAGAUGACGCCGCGGGGAACUCCAGUGCAAGUCAAAAUGUAGAAGGUUCAACUUCUACGCAGCCAGGGGGCCCACUGACUCGGUUCCUGGAGCAGCAUCGUCGCUCUGAGAGGAUGAAGAUGUUCGGGCCCUUCACAAUGGGGAUUGGGAUUUUUAUCUUUAUCUGUGCAAAUGCUAUUCUCCAUGAAAACAGAGACAGAGAGACAAAGAUCAUCCACAUGCGAGACAUGUACUCCACCGUCAUCGACAUCCAUCGGUUGCGACAGAAGGAGCACAAAAAGCAAGUCCAGAACAACACCACCUAUGCAAGAGAAGAUCUCAGAGCCUUCAGCGCCGAGUACAACCCUCUACUUGGCCUUUCCUCUUGGGUCGCAGCUGGAGGUGGCUGCGCGGAGGAGGAAGUGCUACUGGGGAACGAGGAGGACGACGGGCAGAGAGAGCAGAUUAAAUUGGACUGUAGCUUUGCGGGACUGUUGGCGCCACUUUACAAGGAUAGGGUCUUUCCUGGGUUGGCUCACUCAGAUUCUGUACGCCCCCAGUGGUCAAUGGACGCAGACAGCGAGAGAGGUGGACACCACGCACGCUCCAUUGUGUCCUCCUCCAUCUCUGCAUUUACGCUUCCUGUUAUUAAACUCAACAACUGUGUCAUCGAUGAGCCAGAGAUGGAGGCCAUUACAGAGGAGGAGCGAGGAGGACUCAGGGGAGACGACGAGAAGUCCCAACCUCUCAGCGCCAUGGAAUCUCUGGUGGUUCCAGUGGCGUCUGUUGCUAAGGCCUCCAAACCACCAGGCCUGCACCGGAGUAAUUCUGCAUCCUCUUCUUCGUCCUCCCCCCACUCGUCAUUGUCCUCCUCCUCUCUGUCGCCAGCGCCAUCCUCUACCUCGGGCUGCUGGCUGUCCCCCGGAGCAGCCAGGGCCGACUUUGGCUCCAACUCCUCCCUGCACAUGCUCAGCAGCCACUCCAAGUCUCUGGAUCUAGAGCGCAGGCCCAGCAUGCUUAGCGUGCACCGGGAGCAGCGCAAGCACCCCAGCUGGCCCCGCCUGGACCGCAGCAACAGCAGCCGAAGCAUCGGUAGCGGCGGCCGGGCCAGCACCAAGGGCUACACCCGCCUGGAGGACAGGGAGGAUCAUGUGGAGCGCUGCCUUGACGAGGUGUUACCGGCCACAACCAGGCGAGACUUCAGCAAGCGGGAGAAGCUGCUCAUGAUAUCGAGGUCACACAACAAUCUGAGCUUCGAGCACGGCGAGUCGAGCGGUGGCGUAAUGCUAAAGAGGGGCAGCUCCGAGACCCGGUUCUGAGGGGUUCAAAGAACUUGCUUCUGUGCUUGUUUGUAAAGUGAAACUUUUACAAAAGAUACAGUGCGCAGAAAAGCAAAGAUGCUUGAAAGGAACUGGAGAAAAGUAAGUAAUAACUAUGAAAAAAUCUUAAGGUUUUUGGGUCAACGUGGUUCCGCUGUAAAAGGCUGUGAAACUAGGUUUUUUUGCUCAAGUGUUAUUAAAUAAAAUGUGGCAAGCUGUCAUCCCAGCAA